CACAAGUUAUAAGUUCCAAGUCGGGACAAGAGCUUUUAAGCAACGCCAUGUUGUUUUGUAUUUGGGAUAGGAAAAAAGCAAGUUAAAAUUGUUUUGAUAAUCUAUUGAUAAUCAGAUUUAGUCAAUCACAUAGUGUGCGAAUUAAAAAAACAGAAUGAUAAUCGAUUAUUAAUUAUACUUUUUUUUUACAAGUAAAAAUGUUCGUUAGAACAACUUCACUUAUCUCUCGUUCUCUCCGUAACAACACCAAAUUUUAUUCUCACAAAAGCAUUUCUAAUUUAUUAGUACGUUCAAAAAAUAAAAUGAACAAUAGUUCACAUUUAGUACAACAACAUGAAGCUAGUGAAGCGUUAUUACUUUGUUCAAGCAAUAAUAGUAGUAGUAGUUCGUUGAGACAAUAUGUUACUUCUACUCAUAACAGUAAAGACGAAAUGAAAAGGUGGAGCUGGACAUGGUGGAAAGAAUGGACUAUAAUUAUUGCUGUAUUUGGUAUCACUGGUUCAACUACUGUUAGAAUUGUUAGACCUAUUGUCACUAAUGUAUUUGGAGUUGAAGGAAGUUUUUUAGAAGGUCCAUGGUCAUACAGGCUCACGUACCUCAGUAUAACACUCCCAUUAUAUUCCAUAAUAUUAUUAGGUGUAGGAACCAUUUUUAGACGUCAUAAUUAUUUUAAAAGAAUUGUAUUUAGAAUGUGGGGAAGAUUUAUUCCCAACAGGUUAAUUAAUAAUAAUGGUAGUGGGAGAAAUAACCCAGGUGGUGGAGGUGUUGUAUAAUUAGUUUCACAGAAUGUGAUUUUUAUUUUUUAUUUUUUUUUGUUUUUGAGAGAUGUUAUGUACUUUAUAUUAUUAGUCAAACAAAGCGUGAAAAGAAGAUUAUUAAAUAUAUAAACUAACUAUAAAAGCUCUCGGGAAAAGCAAUGUGACUUAGUUUAGUAUUAUCGACCAACACUCGAGUGCGUGAU